GCGAGAGAGAGGGAGAGCGAGUUUGAAAAAAAGAGAAAGAUGUUACCCUGUCGAUUGAAACACCGAGGCGGAGCCAUGGACCGCAGCCGAGCAGGAGCGCUCUAGUUAGGGGACGAGCUGUACGCAACGCCGAGGCUUGGGACCCGACGCCGCGGCCUUUUUCCGGAGCUAUCGCAAAAAAAAUAAAUGACACCUGCUAACAGCUGCUAUGAUUAGCCAUACAUCCUUCUCAUCUUCAGUAUAAAAUAAUCUCUAUUUUGCAUGCAAUUCACCAAAUUUUAUUCCAGUAGACAUAAGCAAAUUAUAUUAAAAUGCACCAUUAAAGGAAGCAUGAUAACAACCAUUGUGUCGCAUUUUACAAGAAGCAUCUUAGUGCCUGUUUAACGCCAACAGAUUGCCAUAUACAUUCAUAAUUAUCAGCCGAAUUACUAAUAAGUGUUAGCCGAUUUAAGCUAAAUAUCGUCCGCUGCCAUUCUAUAUGUUGCACUAGUUAAGCCGGGCAGGUAGAGGAGAGAUCCAGGCCUCAGAUUCAGCUGUAGGAGCGCUUGGUCCUGGGCUCCGGCCCCCUCCUCCCUCUCCUCUUUGCUCCCGGGGCGCUCAGCUGUUCAGGAUGGACACCUCCUGGAGUAAUUUCCUCUUUCAGACGCCGUCUACCCCGAGCCAGGCCGAGACCCCCCUUCAGUCAGACCUGCUCCCGGAGCUCAGCGGCUCGGCGCCGAGUCCUCCGGCCGACCACAUGGCCUCGCCGCCGUCCACCGUCGACACGGCCGCCCUCAGCGAGGAGCCGCCACCGGUCAAAGCUCUGGCCAGGCCGAGCCGGCCGGCCCAUGUCUGCGCCACCUGCAACAAGGAGUUCAAGAACAGCUACAACCUGCGGCGCCACCAGUCGGUGCACACGGGCGUCCGCAUGAAGGACCGCGCGGCGCGGGAGAAGGAGGACGCAGGGAGGGGGGCCCGGGGGGGGGAGAAGGUGCCUCUGUCCCUCCUCCAGCUCACGCUGCCACUGCAGCCUGCACCUCCCUCGCUGCCCCCCAACGCCACAGACCCCCAGCACGGUCAGCACGCCAGCCAAGAGAGCCAGGCAGUGUCUGUGUCCAUCGCCCCGGCGACCGUAACCAUGGCUGCGCCGCCUCAGCCCAUCCAGGCAGCUGUUGUUGUUGUGGGCUCCAUGGAGCAGAACCCCAACCCCAACCCCACCCCCACCCCCACCCCCACCCAGGUGAGGAAGAACCAUGCCUGUGAGGCGUGCGGGAAGGCCUUCAGAGACGUCUACCACCUGAACCGCCACCGGCUGUCCCACUCGGACGAGAAGCCCUACUCGUGCCCCGUCUGCCAGCAGCGCUUCAAGAGGAAAGACCGGAUGAGCUACCACGUCCGCUCGCACCAGGGCGCCGUGGAGAAACCCUACGUCUGUCCGCACUGCGCCAAGGCCUUCUCUCGCCCGGACCACCUGAACAGCCACGUCCGACAGGUGCACUCCACCGAGAGACCGUUCAAGUGCACGGUAACGUCUUCAUCUGUUUACUGGAGUCAACCUAUAUGGACGUGCACGUCGGCGUUCGCCACGCGGGACCGUCUGCGCGCCCACCUGGUCCGCCACGAGGAGAAGGUGCCGUGUCACAUCUGUGGGAAGUUGCUGUCGGCCGCGUACAUCACGGACCACAUGAGGGUCCACAACCAGUCGCAGCACCACGCCUGCCACCUCUGCAACCGCAGCUUCACCACGCUGACCUACCUGCGCGUCCACGCCCAGAAGCACCACGGCCAGGAGUGGAAGGAGAGUGGCGGGGCUCGGGGGGGCUUCGGCGGGACGGGGGCCGGGGGCGUGCUGCUCUGCCAGCUGUGCGGGGUGCAGUGCAAGACGGUCACGCAGCUCCAGGGCCACAUGGGCACCCACGGGGGCCAGGGGGACCCCGGCGUGGGCCAGGGGGACCCCGGCGGGGGCCAGGGCGACCCCGGCGUGGGCCAGACCAGCGCCGGCCCCGUGGGCACCACCAGCGUGGCCGUCACCGUGUCCAGCGCCAGCGCGGUGGGACUACUGGUCACGGACUGCUCCGGUAUCGCCCCCCAGGCUCACAGCUAGC